AUGAGCGAAGCUUGGGCGAAAUUGAAGCAGCCGGAGACAAUACGACGGCGUAGAGCGCUGGGGAGAGUGGAUAGGGAGUUAGAAAAGGGGAAUUACAAGGCAGCCCUGUCUCUGGUCAAGCAGUUGCAAGGUAAACCCGGUGGUCUUCGUGGCUUUGGUGCCGCCCAACAGGUGCCUAGAAGAGUAUCAUCCUUGGAUGAACUAAAGUUGAGUGGAGAGGUGAAAAUAUCCUCCCUGGAAUUGAUAGUUGAUUCAGUUCUUCGUUCCAUCAAAUAUAGCUUAGAGUUUGCAUUGUUGGAGGAUGAGGAAGAAGAGGUAUCUUUGUUGGGAUUAGGAAAUUUGAUGAACGGAGAAAUUCAUGAUUCUCCUUUUGAAGAUCAUCCAAUGUGUAUGCAGCAUGAAGCUGGUCAUUUCCUAGUUGGUUACUUGCUUGGGGUUUUACCAAAAAGAUAUAAAGUACCUAGUGUGGAAGAUCUAAUGCAGGACAAGUUUGCUAAAGGAAAUGUGGAAUUUCUGGGCUUCGAGUUUCUAAGAGAUGUUUAUAUUGAAACCACGUCAAAAAAAAUCUUUACCAAAGGAAAGCUGAGUAAUGAGACUUUGAAAAAGUUUUUACGCGUGAUACUUGGAGGCUUGGUCGCAGAACAUCUGUUGUUUGGAUACUCAGGGUUGCUACACUCUGAUGUUGAGAAGUUGGACAGGGUUCUCAAGUGGCUGGGCUUCGCAGAGAAUGAAGCUGACUCUCUGGUCAGACAGGCUACUGCGGAUACAAUCUUGAUAUUAAGUCGUCAUAAUGAGUCAAGGUCGAGCCUAGCAGAGGCUAUGGCUUUGGGAAGAUCAGUUGGCUUUUGCAUCGAUACAAUUGAGAGAACUUUGAACUUUGGAGAAGUUUAG